CUGGUCUCCCAUAAUGCAGUGCGCGAUUGUAAUAUGUGAAAGUUAUGUUCGAUAACUCCUUAAAUUUAUAUUAAAUUCAUAGACAUACAUUGGGUUGCUUCAGGCAUUUAAAUGUAACCGACGUGUAAAUUGAGCAUCAAACGUUAGCUAGCUAGCUGAAAUAGCCCCAGCAGAGAGGUCCGCAGUUACCGUUGUAACCAGUAACUAAGGCAACAAACGCAAAAACGGCACCCUAACAUCCCCGCACUGCUUUCCUUUUGAGUUUGUUACUUCCAGUGAUAGCUUAUGUGUUGAACAUGGAGCGACAUAAGGUGGGAAAAGAAAGGCUCAUAGUGCCCACUGAUUUUGCCACACCAGCGGUUUCAAGGAAUAUCCAGGAUGACCUAGUACCCCCUUCACAUUUUGCAUCAAGUGUCCAGUCUGCUGGAGCACACAGAGGUGUUCAAAUCGCAGGGAAACCCCCAGCCAUCUCCUGGAUAAAACCAGGCAUAACAUCAGUACCAUCAGGGGAUCCCAGUCCUGCCAAUCCAUGGCUCGCCAUCGCUCAUGCCCAACAGGACAUAUCCGAACUGAGGAAGGAAAAUCAGAGGAUUAUGAUGUUACAAGGAGACAGCAUAAAAGGAAGGAUCCCUGUGGAACACCCACCAGACCUUAUGGCAAGAUGUGCAGAGAGAAGUGAGCAUUGGUCCAGAUGGGAGUCAGAGUGGCGUUUGGAGGCAGAGAAGCACAAGGCCGAAGCUGAGAGGUUGAAGGGACAGGUGGAGGCCCUGAAGGAGACUGCAGGGAGACAUAGGGAAGAGAUGAGAGACAGAGAGAGUACCCUGAACAGACAGAGCCAUGAGCUGGAAGCAGUGCGUGAAGAGCUAUGUAAGGCUAAGACUGAACUCAGCCAAUUCAGAGCGGAGCUCACUCACAGCAGUGCACAGAAGGAGAAAAUAAGCUCACAGCUUGAAAGACUAAAAAGAGAAUCUGGUGAGGAAAUAACAAAACUGAAGAUGGAUCUAGUGAGGAGCAAAGAGGAAGCCCAGGAGCUCGCUCUGAAGGCUGAAAUGGGCAGGUUACAGGUUGUGGGGGAGACCAAACAGCGGACUCUUAGACUGUCAGAACAAUUGGAGGAAAUGCAGAAGAAGCAGGAGGUGGAGCUACGACAGUUGAAUGCUUCCCACUGUGCAGAGGUGGGUACAUCAAGAAAUACAAACGAUGAACUACAGGACAGACUUCAAUCGAUGAACUCAGAAGUGCUGCAGCUAAAAAGCGCUCUGAUGGAGGCAUCUACUGAGAGAGAUGGGCUGAAAGAGCAUUUAAGCCAAAUGGGACAAGCUUUUGAGACACAAUCUGCAACACUGCACAGCCUCAGAAAUUACAUCGGCCAGCUUGCCCCAGAGAAACGAGAGAAACAACAAUUAAAUGAAGCUGUUGAGAGGUUGAACAAAGAGAAAGCAGCUCUUCAGAUGACCGCAGAGCUUUUGACAGUCAGGCUUAACUCUGUGAGUGAGAUACUGGCCCUCCAAGAAGAGAAAAUAGUGAAGAAGAUCUCGACAGACCCUCUUGUGACGAAUGGAUGUGAAGGCCUUCGAGUGCUUCAGCUGUGGAGAGACAAAGUGUUCAAGUUAUGCGUCCAGCUUCGCUCAAAGGACAUUGAACUAAGAGGAGAGAAGGAUAAACUUCUUUCAAAAGUCAGAUUCACUGAGCAGCAGCUCCAGCAGGAGCAGCACCGAGCUAAUGUGCUCCAACACAGUCUUGAUGACAGGAUAGCUGAGCUGGACCUGGAGAGAAUGGAAAAGGAGACAUUGAAACAGCACUUGGUCCAGGAGCAGAAGGAAAACUCACAGCUAAAGUCGCAGAGCCAGAAAGAAGCGGCUGAACUAAAAGUCCUGACGGAUGCAGUGCGUAGGGUCAGUCUGGCAUUUGAAAGCAAGGUGGCAGAAGUGGACACAGCUCAAGCAAGGCUCAGCACUUUUACCCAGAGGCUAACUUUUGCUACAAGACGAGUGGAAACAAUCCAAGGUUUGAUCAUGAGGAGGGUGGCUCUACAGAAAGUUCAGCAGGCCAGUAAACAGACAGAGCAAGCCGCUGACAGCAUCACAAACCUUCAGACGGAGCUUAGUUUAGUGUGUGAAGAGAGAGACAAGCUCACACAGGAGCUCAAAAGAACCCCGAAGCUCAUCGAGAAAUCUCUGGCUGAUCUGAAAGAAAAGUAUGAAAGCAAGCUGAGGCGGCAGGAGCAGAAGGCGCUGGAGCAGAACUGGAUGGAGGUCCGGCAGGCUGUGGCUGGCAGAGAAGAAGCCGAGCAGAGCCUGCAGCAGAUCCAGGCCCAGCUGGAGGAGAGCAAGGUCAACCUGGAGAAACUCCACUCUGAGCUGCUCAGCCAGCAGGAGCACAGCAAAUGUGCCCUGCAGGAGAGAGUGUCUGAGAUUGAGGACUGCUGUGCUGAGAAGCUGAGGGAGAUGGAGGUUCAAGUCAAUACUGCCAGGAGAGAGCACACCAAAGCAGUUAUGACUUUGCGGCAGUUUGAGAGAGAGGCAGCAAGGAAACAGGUUGAGAUGAGAGAAACUCAACAACACACAAAGAGUGAAGUGCAGAAUCAACAACUGAAGGAGAUGGAGAUGGACAAAAAUAUACUGCUGGGCACUGCUGCUGAGAGAGGACUGACAAGUGAGUAUACAAGACUUCUACAAAACUCUGCUGCUCCCAGAGAACAUCGAGAAAAACCCUCAGAGAGGACUCGCUCUGUGGGAACAGAAGAACCUGCAGAUGGGAGACUCCUGUCUGUUUUGGAGGAGCUCCAUUCUCUCAGCGCUGCAGUGGUUAACAGCUCUGAGGACUCUGCAGAGGAGGAGGGACAGAUUGACAGCGUGGGGCCAUCCACAGCCAGUCCGCACAGCUGAUGAUGACUCACUCACUGAAGCCAGUGAACGCACCUUUCAUUUGUACAAAAUGUGGGCAGUGUUGAUUUAAAAAAUAAUAAAAAAUACAGUCGGUGGAAAAAUUUCAUUUAAGCCAAACAUCAGAAAAAACACUUAUUAUUAUUAUUAUUAUUAUUAUUAUUAUUAUUAUUAUUAUUAUUAUUAUUAUUAUUAUUUUAUUAUUAUUAUUAUUAUAUAUAAAUAUAUAUUGUGUUGCUUCUGGGUGUAUAAGAAGAAUGAUAGCUGUCUAGUGCAGACACAGUAUGCUUGAAUUAAACACAAAUAUAAAUUCAAUAUGAGAGUUUUUUUUAUCAGAUAGCAAAUAAAGGAAAUAUUACAGCUGACAGACUCCUAAUCAUCCUGCUAAUGUGAAUGGAAGUCUGUUCUGGUGACUUUGAUCCUAGAAGUUUUGUGAUCUUCCAAGUAAUUCUUUGUUCUGCAGAAACGUGUAUCUUACUUUUCGGUGUGAGUUAAUAAAGUAUUUUUAUAUUGCAAUUCUGUGGGAAAUAUCAAUUUGACUUGAAUCUCUAAUCACUACGUGGUGCGAAUUCUCAGUUUCAAGGUCAAAACCCAUAUAAAAUGAACAACUAAUAUAUCUGUUAGUUUUUAAAUAUAAAAUGUGAUUUUUGCAUUCAAUCUUUUAAUAAAAAAUACACAGGAGGGUCUCAGCUUUAUAGUUAGUUAGGUUUAAAUGUGGACUUUGUUAUAAAGCAGGUUUUAAGGCAGUUGGUGCAUCUGCCCUGUUACUCUUAUAUAUAACUUAUAUUUAUAUAUAUAUAUAUAUAACUUUAUAACUAUACACUUAUAUUACAUGGGGACAAUUGGGAAUAAAUCAAUACUUUCUAUUUGAAGAUCCUUUAUAG